AUGGAGAUGAAGCAAAUCUCGGAAGAAGAGUUUCCGGACCUCAACAAUGCCAGCCCGAAGGAGCCGAUCGGCAGCAGCAUGUAUCCAUUGUCGCCAGAAAAAGGACAGCUAGAGCCGCUCAAUCUUGCCGCCGGAAAGCUCGACUUUGAUGGCGUGGAUCCAGAGAUCGGCAUGCAUCUGCUCUCUAUAUACUGGAGUCGUCAACUGUACACGGCACAGAUCAUCUAUCGACCAGCUUUCAUGCGGGACAUGGCCUGCGAGGGACCAUACUUCUCCAAAUUGCUAUUGAAUGCGAUAUUCUUUGUGGUGUCGAAGCACUGUGACCGACCAGAGCUUCGUUCCGAUCCAAACGACAUUACGACCGCAGGAUGGAAGUUUCGGCAACGUUUCACGCAGCUUUUGCGAGAUUGCUUCGACAAAAGCGAAAUCACGACCCUUCAGGCAUUGUUGAUUAUGUCCAAUGCGCUUUUCUCCAGAUGUGACGAACGGAGUCUUUCAUGGCUAUACGCUGGAAAUGCAUUCAACAUGUUCAUUGAUCUUGGCCUUCAUGUGCUUCCUGAUGUGGAUAGUAUCCCUGCCGAGGAACUUGAAAUUCGAAAGCGAGUUCUCUGGGGAGCAUACCUGAUUGAUAAGAUCCAGUGUCUUUUCCAAGGAAGACCUCCGCUUCUCAACCGUGUCAACCUGAGAGCGUCACUAGACUUUUUGGAUGACUAUGAUGAACUUGAACCUUUUCAAGAUAUAACAUACACGACUACCAAGCCUCGGCAGGUGGUUCCGUCACUGAAUGUUUCUUUGCUCACCAAUUUAUGCGGGCUGACAACAAUUGUGGAACGUAUUCUUCGUGAGAUUUAUUCGGAAUCUCGAGAGUCAAAUCUGGGUCACAGAGCAAAUAUCUCCCAGGAAAUCAAGUCACAGCUGAGAAGCUGGCGCCAAAACUUGCCACCUCGGCUUGAUUAUCUGUCAUUCCCAGACCAGGCGGUCCUCCUGCCUCAAUCCGCCUGUCUUUUAGCCUUAUUCAAUGUGCUGAUCAUUUUGGUCCACCGUCCUCUAAUAAUUGGCCACGACGGGGUCAUCAAUUCAACCACUGCCCAUGAGUCAGUGAACGCAUGUACAUCAGCCGCGAACCAAAUUGUACAGAUACUACACGACUACUCGCAACAAUUUUCCCUGAGCAGUGCACCGUACAUGCUCUCUUAUGCUACCUAUAUCAGUGCAACUAUCCAUGCACGGAUUGUUGCACAAAAAGGGAGCAACUCAACAGUGUUCCAAUCACUGGUCUUUUGCCGAAAUAUUCUUUCUGAACACACACGUCUCUACUCGGCAGCAGAAAAGGCCAAGGAAAAUUUGGAUAAGUUGAUUUCUCACUUAGGGAUCAGUGCUGCGGACGACAAUCCGCGGACUGGGAGCCCUUGGAGCCCUGGGAUCACUGUUCUCAGUGAACACAUGGUCAUGCAUGAGUCUAUUAACGUUGCCAGAGAACUCGGCGUCGCAGACCGUGCACAUGAUUUUGGGUCUUCCCUGCUUAGUUUGGAAUUAUCGGAUCUGGACCUUGAGGCAAUUGCUCAAGGCUUUCAGGUUGAUGUAGAGUCGCAUUCGUUCUGGAACUCUUUGUGCACCUACAACACCAUGGGGUGUUCAGAUAAGAAGUCCUGUGAGGGCUGUUCAUGCAGCAAUGACACCCAACCCCAACAAAUCAACAUCGAGGACUGUCUGAGUGAGCUGCAGGCCCUGCGACGACGCAAUCAGGAGCUAGAAACACGCAUGAGAAUCAAAAGCGAGACAGAUAAUGCUCAAGUCCCCGUCAAACAACCGGGACGAACACUUCGUUCGUCCGCGUGGUUCGACUGCCGCAGCAAUCCUGGCAUGACAGCUGUCUACAUGGAGCGGUACUUCAACUACGGUAUCACCAAAGAAGAGCUCAUGUCUGGUAAGCCGAUGAUUGGAAUUGCCCAGACGGGAUCAGAUAUUGCGCCUUGCAAUCGCCAUCACAUUGAGCUCUCUAAGCGUGUUCGUGAGGGUAUCCGGACUGCUGGCGGUAUCCCAUUUGAGUUCCCCACACAUCCUAUCCAGGAGACCUCGAGACGGCCUACUGCUACUCUUGAUCGUAAUCUGGCGUAUCUUGGCUUGGUGGAGAUCUUGACAGGGUAUUUCCUUGAUGGUGUUGUGUUGCUUACCGGGUGUGAUAAGACAACCCCGGCUUGCUUGAUGGCUGCGGCUACAAUGAAUAUCCCUGCUAUCUGCAUGAACGUGGGACCUAUGCUCAACGGCUACUCCAAGGAAGCUUUGACCGGAGCAGGCACUGUACUGUGGCACGGUCGAGAGCUCUACGCCACGGGUGAGAUUGAUGAAAAUGAGUUUAUGGAUUAUAUCGCCCGAGGCACUCCGUCGGUCGGCCACUGCAAUACCAUGGGAACUGCCUCGACGAUGAAUGCUCUUGCAGAGUCCUUAGGAAUGGCACUUCCCGGGUCAGCCGCCAUUCCGGCUGCCUACCGCCACAGAGCCCAAUGCGCCUAUGAAACAGGCAAACAGAUUGUGGAAAUGGUAGAGGCAGACCGGAAACCAUGUGAUCUCAUGACACGUGAGGCCUUUGAGAAUGCCAUCGUAGCGAACGCCGCAAUCGGCGGCAGCACGAAUGCUCCUAUUCACAUCAACGCUAUCGCACAGCACGCGGGCGUGGAGGUGUCUAUGGAUGAUUGGGAUACUAUUGGAUCUACCAUCCCGCUGCUGUUGAAUAUGCAACCCUCAGGGGAAUACCUCGGCGAAGAAUACUACCGCGCUGGAGGACUACCAGCUAUUAUGGCCGAGCUUUUAGAUCAGGGCAAGCUGAACGGUGAUGUGCUCACUUGCAAUGGCAAAACUCUCGCCGAGAAUGUCCGUGGGAAGCAUACAUGGGAUCGACGUGUCAUUAAACCAUACGACGAUCCAUUGAUGAAAGAUGCCGGGUUCGCCCAUUUGAAGGGUAAUCUUUUCGACUCUGCAAUUAUGAAGACUUGUGUCAUUUCACCCUCAUUCCGGGAGCGAUACCUCUCCAACCCCGAUGACCCGGAGGCAUUUGAAGGAUCUGUUGUGGUAUUUGACGGGCCUGAAGACUACGAACACCGCCUAGAGACGACGCCAUACAUCGAUGAGAAGACCAUACUUGUCAUGCGCGGUGUUGGUCCAAUUGGGUAUCCCGGAGCAGCAGAGGUCGUCAAUAUGCAUCCACCAGGCCGACUCUUGAAAGAGGGUAUUGAUGGACUGUUCUGCAUCGGGGAUGGCAGACAAUCGGGAACCUCUGGGUCACCUUCGAUUUUGAAUGCUAGUCCCGAGGCCGCAGCAGGAGGCAAUCUUGCUAUCUUGAAAGAUGGGGAUAGACUACGCAUUGACCUGCGCAAACGGCGGGUUGAUAUUCUCAUUACCGAUGAUGAGAUUGAACAGCGAAGGAAAGCAUUGGGAAAAGAGGGAUACCCCGUUAUCCCGAGUGGUACCCCGUGGCAGGAGAUUUUCCGUCAGGAAACUGAUCAACUGAGCAAUGGCAUGGUGCUACGGAAGGCAGUCAAGUAUCAGCGACUAGCUCAAGAAGGCCAGCCACUGCGACAUAAUCAUUGA